UUGUCUCGGCUAAAAAGCUCUUUUCUUACAGUUCUCUCUCCUCUAAAAAGUAGCUUAUAAUCCAACAAAAGCGAUCAAGGCACUUAGAAAUGGCCAACGGGUGCGAGAUUUGCUGUGAAAUAAUGAUCGCUAUACUCCUCCCUCCACUCGGUGUUUGUUUAAGGCAUGGAUGUUGCACUACAGAGUUUAUGAUAUGUCUGAUCCUGACGCUUCUGGGAUACAUACCGGGGAUAAUCUACGCACUCUAUGCAAUCGUCUACGUUGAUCGUGAUCAGUUCUUCGACGAGUACCGUCGUCCACUCUUCUACGCCCAUUCACCUUGAUUUAAUUUAUGCAUUUUCUAUUGUCUUUUUUAUAAUGUUUUGAUUUCUUUUUUUGUUUAAUCUAUUCCAUCGAUUAAAUUUUCAUCAUUCUUUCAAUAAUUUCCAAGAUCUUUUAUUCUUGAACA